CCUGAAACAACCAAAGCGUCAAGUGAGUUUACCUCGCUUCUCCGCACAAUCAGAUUGAACAGUUUUACUCGACUACAGUCCAUCUGAUCGGGCGGAGAAAGACAGACAUGGCAUCAGGUUGGGGAAUCAAUGGGAACAAAGGUAGGUGCUACGAUUUCUGGGUCGAUUUCAGCGAGUGUAUGUCCCGUUGCAGAGAGCCCAAGGACUGCGCUCUACUCCGCGAAGACUAUCUCGAGUGCCUCCACCAUUCCAAAGAGUUUCAACGAAGAAAUCGAAUUUAUAAGGAGGAGCAACGAAAAUUAAGAGCUGCUACACGAAAAGGCAAGGAAGGCAAAGAUGUUGUUGACCAUCAUGCAUAGUCAUAAUUUGUGAUCCUUUGAAUUUCCAAGAAUAAUAAUGCAUGGAUAUUGUUGUAUUUUUUGUUCGGAUUGGAAUUUUAACUCUUUUCCAAAUUACCUUGGUUUCCUUUUCUUUGGAACGGAUAUUGUUGUUUUGAGCCUGUGCAAAGAGGCAAUGAUUAAUCUUUCAUCACAUACCUGGGUGUGGAGCAACAUUAUUUCAGAA